CGACAGGCGCCGACACCGAGCACAUUGUGUCAUAACCUUCAACGCGUGGCGCGUAAACAACAUUUCGCGCGAGUGCGUAUACCGCUGACGUUUAUUUUAUUCGCGAUGUACGAGGCGCACAGCAUCAAUGCGGAGCACAAAGAUCUCAUACACGAUAUCGCUUACGAUUACUAUGGGGAACGAAUGGCGACAUGUUCCAGCGAUCAAUUUGUAAAGGUUUGGGAUGAGGACGAGCAUGGAAACUGGCAUCUAACUGCCUCCUGGAAGGCCCACAGUGGAUCUGUGUGGAAGGUCACUUGGGCAAAUCCAGAGUUUGGUCAGGUUCUUGCUACAUGUUCAUUUGAUCGCACUGCUGCCGUUUGGGAGGAAAUUGUCGGUGAAGGUUCUGGACCGGAAGCACGUGGUAGUAAGCACUGGAUUAAAAGAACAAAUUUAGUCGACUCACGUACCUCCGUCACAGAUGUAAAGUUUGCACCAAAGACUUUAGGCCUUCUACUGGCCACUUGUAGUGCAGAUGGUUUCAUUCGGAUAUACGAAGCACCAGAUAUCAUGAAUUUAAGUCAGUGGACAUUACAACACGACAUCAACUGCAAACUUUCAUGUAGUUGUAUUUCAUGGAAUCCAUCUCUCUCAAGAUUACAUCCGCCUAUGAUAGCAGUCGGUAGUGAUGAUACAAAUCCUGCGCUUGGUGCGAAAAUCUUUAUCUACGAAUAUUCUGAGAACAGCAGGCGUUGGAUGAAGGCUGAGACAUUGUCGAGCAUAGCGGAUGCUGUUUACGACAUUGCAUUUGCUCCUAAUCUAGGCAGAAAUUUCCACACUCUGGCCAUAGCUACAAAGGACGUACGGAUAGUCACUUUGAAACCAACGGAUGAGAGUACGCAGACUGGUGUAUCGCAUUUCGAAACGAACGUAGUUGCACAGUUCGACGAUCAUUACUGCACUGUUUGGCGUGUCAGCUGGAACAUUAUGGGAACGAUCUUAGCGAGUUCUGGCGACGACGGCUGUGUUCGAUUGUGGAAGGACAAUUUUAUUAAUCACUGGAAAUGCAUUUCUGUGCUGAAGGGAGACGGCGUUCCGGCACAGGGCGCCGAAACUCCCGCCGUGGCGACUCCGCCGAGCUCGUCUACACCAGCUCAGCAGAUGCCGUCUACCACAAGGUACUACAAACUGGGCACCAUCAGCCAUCCAAGUCAAGUACCUUGGCAUUAGAGGACUUAAUCAAUUCUAGUAUAGACAAUCGUGAAUUAUAUUUUGCGUUUAUUGACGUAAUUUCUUUCGUCAGAUAGAAAAUGUACGAUCAUUAUCAUGAAAAUUGUGAUUCAUCUAUGUUCUCCAUCCAUUCUUAUUGUUUUAUCUUGUUUAUAAUUUAUAUAUCACUCUAUAAUUACUUUAAUAUUAGAUUUGUUUUCUAAAACAGUCACAUAUUUACACUAAUAAAUAUUAUGUUGUUACUGCUGUAUCAUCUUGCACUUUUAUCGUAUUCUAUCUUUUUUUAUUAGGACGAACUUAUUUCGCAUUAUUAUUCGAAAUUUUUUAAUGCUGCAACAUUGAUCACGCAAAACAAUUUUAUAUAUAUAUAUAUAUAUACGCACACACACAUAAAAUAAUGUAUAAAUUUCGGGAAUAUGGGUGGAGGAUAUGAAUAGAAUGAGUAUGUAGUAUUAUAAUAAGUUUCAGAGAAAUUCUGAAUACAUACUCAAAUUUUGAGAAAUUAUUUUUUCGUAAAUUUACUAUAAAAUAAACAGCGUUUAAAAAGAUUUGUAACAUUUUUCAAUAAAUGCUGUUUCUGCAUUAUAAA